CCACAUCCGCUGAGCCACCCCACGCGGCCUGCAACCGUGCAGAAGGCCUCGGUCCCGAUUCUCGCCUUGCCCACCAGCAGCCCACCACCAGUGGCUACACGGCCCCUACCACAUCCGCUGAGCCACCCCACGCGGCCUGCAACCGUGCAGAAGGCCUCGGUCCCGAUUCUCGCCUUGCCCACCAGCAGCCCACCACCACCACAUCCGCUGAGCCACCCCACGCAGCCUGCAACCGUGCAGAAGGCCUCGGUCCCGAUUCUCGCCUUGCCCACCAGCAGCCCACCACCAGUGGCUACACGGCCUCUAGCGAUGGCGCCAAUGGCUCGUUGGUGGUAUAUUAGCGCGCAAAUGGUAUCGCCAUGGCCAGCCACAUCCGCAGAGCCACCCCACGCAGCCUGCAACCGUGCAGAAGGCCUCGGUCCCGAUUCUCGCCUUGGCCACCAGCAGCCCACCACCAGUGGCUACACGGCCUCUAGCGAUGGCGCCAAUGGCUCGUUGGUGGUAUAUUAG